CACCUCCGCUCGCUCGACCCUCAACGUCAACGCUCUUUCGCCUCCCGACUGCGUCAUGCCUCCGAAACGGAAAAACCAAGCCGUCGUUGAGGACGAUGGCUUCGAGUCGAUGGAGGAAGAGGCCCUGAGUGAUCAGGAAACGUUGGACCGGCUGAAAGAGUCGUUUGAUGUGGCGGCAAUGAGCAAGAGAGCCCGGGCACAGCACCAGACAGAUGCCGCCUCGUUCCUGUUCAAGAAGUCUGAUCAGUGGGAUGCGCCACUCAAGCCAGACCACGCGAAUCGGCCGCUCUGGAUUGACGACGGUGGCCGCAUCAUUCUGGAGUCGUUCAACCCGCUCUUCGACGAGGCGCAGGACUUCCUGAUCAACAUUGCCGAACCACAAUCACGGGUGUCGCGCAUGCAUGAGUACUCACUGACCCCCCACAGUCUGUUCGCCGCUGUAUCCGUCGGCCACUCCAGCAAGGAGAUUAUUGAGAGACUCAACAGAUAUUCGAAGUCGGCACUUUCGCCGUCUGUGAUAGCGUACAUUGAAAGAUCCACAUCAUCAUUUGGUAAAGCGAAGAUCGUACUGAAAAAGACCCUGUCGUAUAUCGAGAGCGACGACCCCGAGAUUCUGCAAAAGCUUUUGCAAGAUCCUGAAAUCGCCGCGUGUAGAGCGGACAAUACAGAUGGGUUAAUCAAGGAGGCUGCGCCAAAAAUCGGUGUAAUGGCUAUACCAGGGACUAAAAUGGCAGCUGGGGCCAAUCAACGUCUUCAGUCUUCCGCAGAUCCGCAUGCUGCGAAUCCCCAAGAACCCGCGAAUCCUGGAGACAUGAUAGCCGCUCUGAGGGAAGAGGAUGACGACGAGGAAGUUGCACAAGUCCAUUCGUUCCAGAUUCAGAGCGAAAAACGAGAACAGGUCAUCAAACGCUGCCAGGUCAUAGGGCUACCGCUCACUGAGGAAUACGAUUUCCUUAAUGACGAGAAUAACACCAACCUUGAUAUAGAUUUGCGACCCCAUGCCCAAAUUCGAUACUACCAAGAGAAGGCUUUGAGUAAGAUGUUUUCUAACUCACGGGCGCGGUCUGGCAUCAUCGUGCUACCUUGCGGAGCUGGCAAAACCUUGGUCGGAAUCACGGCCGCUUGCGGUGUGAAGAAGUCUGUGAUUGUUCUUUGCACGAAUGCCAUGUCAGUGAUUCAGUGGAGAGCAGAAUUCCUCAAGUGGUCAAACAUUGACCCCGAGGACAUCGCCGUCUUUACCGCGGACAGCAAGAACAUGUUUCCCCGGGAUGCAGGCAUCAUCAUCAGCACCUAUACCAUGAUUACUUCCAAGCGCCCUCGUUCAUACGACUCAGCGAAGGUCAUGGAUUGGAUCCGGAGUCGUGAAUGGGGCUUGCUCAUUGCAGACGAAGUUCAUGUUGUGCCUGCAAACAUUUUCAAACGCGUCACCUAUUCCAUUGCUUCGCACGCCAAGUUGGGACUCACGGCGACUCUGCUCCGGGAGGAUGACAAGAUCGAGGACCUGAACUUCCUGAUUGGGCCGAAACUCUACGAAGCGAAUUGGCAAGAGUUGUCAGAGCAAGGUCACAUUGCCAGAGUGCAAUGUGCUGAGGUGUGGUGUCAAAUGACGCCGGAAUUCUACACCGAAUGGCUUAAACCCAAUUCGACUGUGCAGAAGAGGUCGCUCUUGUCGGUCAUGAAUCCAAGAAAGUUCCAGGCAUGCCAAUUCCUGAUCGAUUACCACGAGAAGCGCGGAGACAAGAUCAUCGUCUUCUCCGACAACGUCUGGGCAUUAGAGAGAUAUGCUACAAAACUGCAUAAAGCUUUCAUCUACGGGCAGACCCCGCAAGCAGAGCGACUCCGCAUCUUGGAAAAUUUCCAGCAUAACGACAUGGUGAACACCAUCUUUCUAUCCAAGAUUGGUGACACCAGCUUGGACCUUCCCGAAGCCACGUGCCUCAUACAAAUUUCCUCGCAUUACGGUUCGCGGCGUCAAGAGGCCCAGCGGCUCGGCAGGAUUCUGCGCGCUAAGCGAAGAAAUGAUGAAGGAUUCAACGCGUUCUUCUACUCUCUUGUUUCAAAGGAUACGGACGAGAUGUACUACUCCUCCAAACGGCAAGCUUUCCUUGUGGAUCAAGGUUAUGCUUUCAAGGUCAUCACAAAACUGGAGGGGUUGGAGCAACGGACCGAUCUUGCUUUUCAUACACCGCAGGAGAGGCGCGAACUCCUUUUGGAGGUCCUGCUCGCUAAGGACUCCGAAUUGGCCGAAGAGAAGAUCUCUGGAGACAUGUUCCAGAGCAAGUUUGCGUCGAAAGACGGUCGGAAGAAGAAAACCGGAGCGCGCAGGACGGCUGGCACGCUAUCGGAGUUGUCCGGUGGCCAGGACAUGGCUUAUAUUGAAUACCAAAAGAGCCGCAACAAGGAGCUCAAAACCAAGGGUGUCAGGAACGCCUAUCUCCGCAAGUUGCAAUCGGGUUAUAAUAACAUGAAGAAACACAAGGCGGCGGACUUAUAGGGUAGGUCCGCUCGCUGACUGUGUUUCCAGUUUGUAUAUGUAUUGUCUUUUGCGGUAUAGCGUGGCGUUUAGGGUCUGCCAUUUGGAGAAUGGGCCACGUCAUUAAUGGGAAAUUGAAAAGCUGCUGUCACUUCAAGCUCGUCAAAUGUACUGGGAGUACGGCCUUUGCUCAAAUAGGAUAUAGACAUGUGUAUUUUUCGAAUUGAACUUUGGCCGAAGAAUGAAUCGAG